UAUUCGUUUAUCUUCAUGUUUUAACCUAAGAAUUUAGAGUCCACUCAUCCUCUCUACUUCUUGAAUACCCAUAAAUAUUCUACAGAAUUUUGUCACAAAAAAACAGGGGAAAAAUGCCAACAUUGAAUCUCUUCACCAAUGUUCCAGUAGACCCAGUGAUUGCAUCUGACAUUCUCAAAGAUGCCUCAAAGGCUGUUGCAAAGAUCAUCGGAAAGCCUGAGUCCUAUGUUAUGAUCUUGGUGAAUGGAGGCGUGCCGAUAUCAUUUGCCGGCACAGAAGAGCCAGCUGCAUAUGGAGAACUGAUUUCAAUUGGUGGACUUAAUCCAAGUGUUAAUGGAAAGUUGAGUUCAACCAUUGCAGAUAUUCUUCAAACAAAACUGUCUGUUGAUAGUUCUCGUUUUUAUAUCAAGUUUUACGACGUUGAGCGCCCGUUUUUUGGUUUUAACGGGUCGACAUUCUGAGGGAUAGUCUCAACUUAAGGAGCAUAUUAUGGUCCUAAUCUUUGGCCUAAGUUGAUCAUUAUUCUUAUGGUGUUGUAAUCUUUACGGGUAAAUACUUCUUGCAAAUCAUGUUUACAACAUCGAUUGUUAUUCUCAAAUAAAUCCAAUGUCUUUUCGAACUUUUGAUC